AUGAUUUUUGCAGAAAAAGUCGUUAAUGUAAUACGAAAGCUCGUCGAAGGCACAAAUUUCGAAGUUAAAUGUGUUCCAUUGCAAGUUGUCAUUCGUCUUUUAGAAUCGGCUAUCCGGCAUAAUGCUGUCGAAUGUGAUGAGAAUGUUAAAACGUUUAUUGAUCGUAGUGAAGCACUACUUGAGCAGAAGCGGCCUGCUGUGUUAAUCCAUCACCUAUUCAGUUUAUACGCAAAUCCGAAGGUGUUCCAGACACGAAAGCCUGAUGGAUGGCUAAAUGUCUUGCAAUGGUGUUUAACAAACAUUGAUGAUCCAUCAACAACAGUUUUCGUGAGGCGACAAAUUCAAAAUGUGAUUACGCAGUUGUCUUCUGCUGAUGCCAGACGACUUAUGAUCAUCUCUGCCGUUUUGCAGAUCUUUCAUAAAUGGACUAAGCAGGACAAUUGGAAUAAUCAAAUAGUCGACGUGACCACGCGAAUUUUGUCUCAUUAUUCAUCGGAUUUAGUUCCGGAGGAGUGUCUGAGUCUUGUUGACGAUAUCUAUAAUAGUCCCAGGAUCGGUGAGAAUACUAUUAAAUUCAUUGUAGGACUUUAUAAGAGAAACCCAUCUUUGAAACUACAAUUUGGACCAGACAAAUGGAAAAACGAAGCAAAUCGGAUUGAUGUGGCAACACUUACUCUCGCAACGAAUGAUGGAUAUAUUGAAAACUCGCAUGAUAUUAUGGAAAUAAUUUUACCAUCGCCUACUUUCAAAAUUCGUCAUAUUAUUCUAGUAAUUAAUCUUUUGUCGGAAAAGCAAAUCACGGAGUUCAUGGAGCUUUGGGCUAAGCGAACUGCGAAAAACUUUAAAUUUCCAUUAUCGGAUAUAGCUGAAUUACUGCCGAAACUGAAGGAUCGCGUACCGCUCCAAUAUAUUGCCGACUUUUUGCUCAUAAUUGGCGCGAGGGUUAUCGAAUCUUGCUCAAUACUUGUCGCUCUACAACAAUCUUUUGGAAGUGAGAUAUUUGAGACCCCCGAAUUUGCUGCAUAUCGAGAUAUGAUUCAAAAAAUUGUCAAUGAAGAAAAAGUGAUGGAAAUCGUUUCUAAGAACUUUUACUCGCCAUACGUCUUCACAACAUGUCUGUUGAUUCUCCACGAAAAUUAUGGCGGUGUUCCCGUUGAAUUGGCCAUUAAAUGUGUAUUAGAAUCUCCGGAUCCACCACCUCGCCGAUAUUGCAUGCAGAUACUCACCGAGCUCUCAUAUUUCUCGUUAAUUUCUACAAACGUGGUGGUUGCUAUCAUUGAAACUGCUCUAGAAGACAUGGACAGUGUUAUGAGAUUCGAAGGAUUGGCAAUGGCUCAGCUAGCAUUGCAAAACUACAACAAUUCGAGUCAAUGCGAGAUUAAGAGUAUUCUCAAUAACUGGAAAGAUGAUCGUUGGAUAGGGACUGAUGUUCGAAAAAUUCUCAAUAUUCCAAUUGAGGCUAAUACUGGAUCAGCAACACAUUUAAUAGAAGAAAUGAUGAAUGCCUUAAGUAUUCAUAGAAACGACGAUGACACGAUGGAUUGUUACUGA